AUGCGACCAGAGAUAGCCACCGGGACCCAGCCUUCAGCAGCGAGUCACUGCGACCGGACGCUUGCACCUGGGCGCACCCCUCGAGUCGACCGUUUGUAUUUAAACAGUGGGUCGAAGCCCGCCACGCGCCGCGGGAAGACCUUACAAGCUGCCGGCUCCUCGGUGCUUCACGAUUCCUCGCUGCAGAUUCCACACCACGGAUGGCCAUUUUCUUUAGUGAGCAUGGAGUGUGGUGUGCCCCAAGGAGGUGGGUUGAAAUAUGCUGCUGUGGCAGUUGUUGAUUACCAGGGGUUUGAGUUAUGUAAAUCCACUUGGGGUCACUGUUCCAUAUAUAAUAAGAACCCACCUCUAGGAUUUUCUUUCAGAAAAUUGUAUAUGCAGCUGGAUGAAGGCAGCCUCACCUUUAAUGCUAACCCAGAGGAGGGAGUGAACUACUUUAUGUCCAAGGGUAUCCUAGAUGAUUCACCAAAGGAAAUAGCAAAGUUUAUCUUCUGUACAAGAACACUAAAUUGGAAAAAACUGAGAAUCUAUCUUGAUGAAAGGAGGGAUGUCUUGGAUGACCUUGUAACGUUGCAUAAUUUUAGAAAUCAAUUUUUGCCCAAUGCACUGAGAGAAUUUUUUCGUCAUAUCCAUGCCCCUGAAGAGCGUGGGGAGUAUCUUGAAACUCUCAUAACAAAGUUCUCACAUAGAUUCUGUGCUUGUAACCCUGAUUUAAUGCGAGAACUUGGCCUUAGUCCUGAUGCUGUCUAUGUCCUGUGCUACUCUUUGAUUCUACUUUCCAUUGACCUCACUAGCCCUCAUGUGAAGAAUAAAAUGUCAAAAAGAGAAUUUAUUCGAAAUACCCGUCGUGCUGCUCAAAACAUUAGUGAAGAUUUUGUAGGGCACCUUUAUGACAACAUCUACCUUAUUGGCCAUGUGGCUGCAUAAAAGCACAAUUGCUAGGACUUCAACUAUUAACUUCAAACUAAAGUUACCCAAGGACUUACUUAGCAGAUAUGGGGGUUACAUUAGUGCUGGUCAUUCUAGCCUCUGUAUACAAUCAAGCUCGAGUGUAUACCAUUUUUUUCUUUUACUAUUUUCUUUUUUAGUGAUUUCCUUGGGGAACUAAAUAAUUUUGCAGAACUUUUCUUAAUUUUGCUUAUCAUGUUUUGCACAAAGCAGAGCCAUUGUCUGACACAGCUGUUUAAGAAUGUUAAACUGACAUUAUACUCUAAAGAUGGUAUAUUUGUGCAUUAGAUUUGCUUGAAAAACUACUCAUUUUCAUUCUUUUUUAAAAUACCAUUUAAUGUGUACAUAUUUAACUAAAGAGAUUUAUAAUCAUAAUUAUUUUAUUGUAAAGAUUUUAACUAAAGCCUUUCCUUUUUCUCUCAAA